GGAAGCAUUGACCGCCGUCGGGUCGUUUUAUUUUUUAAAACGUGCGAUUUAGUGGCUUUUCGUGUUUUAUUUUGUGAAAGUGAUUUAUUUAAUAUUUACAAUAUUGUUAAAAUCUCGAACGUUCAAAAAGGCAGCCUUGGGGGCUUACUCAAAUUAAUUGAAAAAUAAAAAUGUCAAAACGAGCAUUUGAUAACCCACCAUCAGAUGACUCUGACUUUGAUGAUGAUGAGGAUCCCGACAACUUGGAAGUACCAGGAGGUGGAAAAACAUUGGCUGCCGCAGCACGCUUUGGAGACAAAAAGCCCACGCCACCAGUCAUCAUCAGACCUACCACUAAUCCUCUUGCUGCACCAUCUGGAUUGGCUUUUGGCCAGGCAUCAAAUGUGAAACCAAUAAGGAUACCUGCUAACUCUCUCACUAAACCCAUAAGUCUGGGACUUGGAAGAGGAGCUGCGGGAAUGCCCGGUACGUCCACCUUCAAUGCGGCCUCGUUGCUCGCACAGAUGGAAAUGGCGGGAAUGCAAGGCAUGAAUGCUUAUCUGCUACAAAACUUGAACCAGAUAUUAACUUCUGGAAUGGGAGCUCCAUUGGCAAAUAUGCUAGGACUGGGAUCUCCUUGGUUAAAUAAACCUGCGUGGCCAAUGGAUAAGGGACCCGGAGGUGACGAAGAAGAAGUUGACGAUGAAGAGAUGGGCGUUGCAGAGACUUACGCCGACUAUAUGCCUACUAAAUUGAAACUUGGCCGCAAGCAUCCGGAUCCAGUGGUCGAAACAGCGUCUCUAUCAUCCGUUGAGCCGGUAGACGUAACCUAUAAGCCACAGCUUCCCGAUGAGACGAUUCGUGGCGGUCUGUUAUCCGCUUUGCAACUUGAAGCGGUUGUGUAUGCCUCACAAGCACAGGAGCAUAUGCUCCCAGAUGGCACGCGUGCUGGGUUUCUUAUUGGUGAUGGUGCUGGUGUUGGAAAGGGUCGUACAAUAGCAGGAAUCAUAUUUGAAAAUUUCCUUCGUGGACGGAAACGAGCCAUUUGGGUAUCUGUAUCUAACGACCUCAAGUACGAUGCAGAAAGGGACCUUAGAGAUAUUGGAGCUUCCUACAUUGAAGUGCACUCACUUAGUAAGUUCAAAUACGCUAAAAUAUCGUCCGGCAUAAACGGCAACGUGAAAAAGGGCGUGGUAUUUUGUACGUACUCGGCGCUUAUUGGAGAGACGCACGCGAACACCAAAUACCGCACUAGGCUAAAGCAGCUGUUGCAGUGGUGUGGGGAAGAUUUUGACGGACUUAUUGUAUUCGACGAAUGUCACAAGGCAAAGAAUCUCUGUCCCGUCGGGUCUGGUAAAGCGACCAAGACAGGAUUAACAGCGCUAGAGCUCCAGAAUAAAUUGCCCAAAGCCCGGGUGGUUUAUGCUUCAGCUACUGGUGCCUCAGAGCCGAGGAACAUGGCAUAUAUGGUCCGACUUGGCAUUUGGGGGGAGGGGACUCCAUUCCCUACCUUUAUGGACUUUAUCAAUGCUGUUGAGAAACGCGGGGUGGGAGCUAUGGAGAUAGUGGCUAUGGACAUGAAAAUGAGGGGAAUGUAUAUCGCAAGACAGCUGUCUUUUCACGGGGUGUCGUUCAAGAUUGAGGAGGUACCGCUUUGCGAGUCUUUCAAGGAGACAUAUGAUAAGGCUGUGGCGUUGUGGGUGGAGGCAAUGCAACGUUUUACGGAGGCAGCAGAGCUGAUAGACGCUGAAGCCCGAAUGAAGAAAACCAUGUGGGGACAAUUCUGGUCGGCGCACCAGAGGUUCUUCAAGUACCUGUGCAUUGCUUCUAAGGUGAACCACGCGGUGAUAACAGCCCGAGAAGCGGUUAAAUGUGGCAAAUGUGUGGUAAUCGGUCUUCAGUCAACUGGCGAAGCGCGAACACUGGAGCAACUCGAACGAGACGAUGGCGAACUUAGCGAUUUCGUGUCAACUGCCAAAGGAGUGUUCCAAACAUUGGUUGAGAAGCAUUUCCCGGCGCCGGAUCGUGAGCGAAUCAACAGGUUGCUGGGAUUGGAGCCAAAGAAAGCACCGCUUAUCACACUACCAGCGGUCACCAAUGGCAAGAAUGGUGUCGAUGAUGAUGCCAACACCUCUAAGAGAAAACUGACGUCACGGCAACAAGCUAACAUGGCGGCCAAGCGUGCUCGUGGCGGCUCAUCCAGCGAUGAAUUUUUCCGUGGGUCCGAAGACGAACUGGAGCUGGAACCAGAUUCGGAUGAAGAGAGACGCGUAUCAGACUCUGAUUUGAGUGACUCCAACCCUUUCCAGUUUAGUGGUAGCGACAUUGACGAUGAACCAUGGGUAAAUCGCAAAAAGAAACAAACGAAAAAGAAAAAAGUAGCAGCGAAGAAGAAAAACACGACACAAGACAAGAUUGAAACGAUGUUUGAGAAGAAAAACACAACGCCCACAGUCACAGUCAAAACUAACAGUGGGCAGAGUCUCACCGGCACACCCGUUGGCACCAACGGAUUAUAUCUAGGUCCUUCACGCAAAGUGGCGCCGCCACGUUCAGCAAUAGAGCGCGCUUGCAGUAUGAAAGAGGAAUUAUUAGCCAACAUCGAAAGGCUUGGACGACGUCUACCUCCCAAUACGCUCGAUCAAUUGGUUGACGAAUUGGGCGGCACCGAUAAUGUUGCUGAGAUGACGGGUCGGAAAGGUCGCGUGGUACAAACUGAGGAUGGUCAAAUAGUAUACGAGAGUCGUGCGGAGGCUGACAUACCCCUAGAAACUUUGAAUCUUGCUGAAAAAAAACGGUUUAUGGAUGGAGAAAAGGAUGUGGCCAUCAUUUCUGAAGCUGCUUCUAGUGGUAUUUCGUUGCAGAGUGAUAGAAGGGCGAGAAAUCAAAGGAGAAGAGUGCAUAUAACGCUAGAAUUACCAUGGUCAGCGGACAGAGCGAUACAACAGUUUGGUCGAACGCAUAGAUCGAACCAAGUGAAUGCGCCAGAGUACAUAUUCCUGAUAUCCGACUUGGCGGGUGAACGUCGAUUCGCAUCAACCGUUGCUAAACGACUGGAGUCACUCGGUGCGCUGACGCAUGGUGAUCGACGUGCCACGGAAACAAGAGAUCUGAGCCAAUUUAACAUUGACAAUAAAUAUGGUCGCACGGCCCUAGAAGCAGUGAUGAAGGCCAUAAUGAAGUACGAAAGUCCAUUGGUGGCGCCGCCUACUGACUACCGCGGGGACUUCUUUCAGGAUCUCGCCUCAGCGCUCGUCGGAGUCGGCCUCAUUGUUAAUAGUGAACACCAGCCUGGAAUGCUGGCCUUGGAUAAGGACUACAACAACAUGUCGAAGUUCCUCAAUAGGAUACUGGGAAUGCCGGUGGAAUUGCAGAAUCGACUAUUCAAGUACUUUACGGACACACUCGCCGCUGUCAUGGAGCAAGCAAAACGCAGCGGUCGUUUCGACAUGGGUAUAUUGGAUCUCGGAAGUGCGAGCGAGUGCGUACGUCGCGUACGUUGCGUUACGUUCCUUAGGAGACACGCGACCGGUACUGCGCCCGUUGAGCUACAUACUGUUCUGUGCGAGCGUGGUAUGGACUGGUUCGAUGCGAUGGAAAAGAACGAAGAAUGUAUGGGCGCAGAGGGAUUCUAUCUAUCGCUACAGGCAAGAAAUGGAAAAUACACGGCUGUAUUGUGCAUUGCUGCUAACUCUAGCAGAGAUAGAAACCUCCCAGAGAAAGACAAGACUUAUCAGCUUUACAGGCCAAACACAGGUCUACAAAUUAGAGUGGAGACGUUAGGCGAAAUUCAAAAGAAGUACAAAAAAGUGAGUUCUGAAGAAGCCGAAGCUGCAUGGAAGGCACAACAUAGUGCUUCACUAAGGGUUUGCUCACACGCUUAUUGGAAGGCCGUCUGCAGAAACGCGGCUGACUGCGAGGUGGGUCUGCGCGUUCGCACAUACCACGUACUAGCAGGAUCGGUGCUGGCGGUGUGGGCAAGGGUCGAGGCAGCGCUGGCCGCACGCAGCCACCACCACAAGAUGCAGGUCGUCAGGCUCAAGACUGACGACGGUCUCAAGAUUGUUGGUACAUUAAUCCCAAAGAACUGUGUCGAGCACUUGAAGGAGACACUCACUUCAGACGCGGUCUCUGUUAAAGAGCAUAAGUUCGACACGGCUGAUAUGAAGUGAGCACACUUAUAGGUAAUAUACCCAUACAGUUCCUUUUCUACGGUUCGGGACCACGCGGUGUCUGCCACAGACUACAAUAUGUGUGUUGUCUGUGGUGAUUGGUCAAGCGUAAGCUUCGUCUAAUAUUAGAUGUAGAUUAUAUGCUCGGCAAUGAACUGAUAUACCUGUGGUAAUUAAUGGUGGAGCGUAGACUAUCUGUGGUUUCAAAUAGUAUACAGUUUUACAAGGUUUUUUUGGCAAUUGUAUUCUAAUAAGAGUAAAAUGAAUCUUAUUUUUUUAAUAACGUAUAAACAAACAACCAUAAUUCAAUGUCAAAUACAUGCCAAAAAACUAGUAUGACUUUGCAAUUAGAUAGCUAUGAAUGUGUAUGCAUAGAUAAACAUCUAUAAAAUGAUGAACUCACGCAAAUGUGAAAUUCUGCAAUCGUCUAUGGAGCUUGUAGAGAAAUAAGUAGGCUGAUUUAUUAUGUAGUUGUUUAGGUUUAUUUUGUGUAUUGGAACUUUAAUGGACGCCUAUGCUCGACCAAAUACACUCAUGAAUUAAACAAUAUUAAGUUGGUAUGAACAUCUACAUUACCCAGUAAGAAGGCUGAAACUGACUUUCAACGUCCUAUUUAAAAAAAAAUUAUUUUUCACCUCAACUUUUGGUAUAUAGCAUAUGUACUACUACUCGUGUAAUAAAACUUGACAACGUAAUAGUGAUAUAACGUAAUAGUAAAUAUAUAUGCGUAAAAUUAAUACAAAAUUUUAAUCUUAUCGCAUCUUAUCUAAACAAACACAUUAUCUUAAGUACCUAUAUUUGUAAUAUGAAGCAAGCACAUUUCUGCCUUUGAUUUAUUGAUACCGUUUUUAUGUACCGACUAGAAAAAAAUUGUUUCCCCCAAGAAUGACCAAAUUUUAAUAUUUAAUGACCAAAUAAUCCAGGACAUCUCUUAUAAACGUGCUAACUACAAAAAAUUUAGAUUUUGGUCAUUGCGUAAGGAGAACGACUAUUUCUUGCCUUGUACAACGUAACACCGUUAAUUAUAUAACAAAAAUGCGCACUCGCGUUUACGCUUCCACUUAGACAUACUAUUUUCCGGAUAUUAUAUUUAUCACAUUAUGUUCUAUAGUAAUGUAUACACACAGGCGACGUCCGCUAUUGACUGAUAUCCAAUAUAGAUUUUUUUAUAUGUAUAUCAAUUUUUUUGUAAAGGGUUAAAUAAUAUUAUUUUUUCCAUAACACAUGACAUUGUGAUACAAACAUAUGAACGAUAUUUUUGUCGGAUUAAAAUUUGGUUGGCAAUUAAUAAUUACUUAGCUAAACUAAAAUCUGAAAUUUAAACAGAUAAAAAAACAUUUUAUUGAAAUGAUGCGAAACAUUUUACUAUAUUUUAAGAUUACAUGAUUUUAAUGGAUUUAAGAGUGUAUCAAAGUAUAUGCAACUAAUUUUUACCAACGAUUUUCACGCAAAAAAACUUGCCAUAAUCGUGAGAUAUAAAAGAGUGAUCUUUUGUUUAUGGACUACAGUAGGUCAGAUUGAGAAUUAAAGUAUUCUUCAUUACUGCAUAUGUUAAUUUCAGCUGAUUUAAAGAUGAUGUAAGAUAUUAUAUCAUAUUUUUCCAAAAUUAAUUCUGACCAUCUGGACCUAUCUGUAGAAUAUAAAUAGUACGAAUUUACUAUUGAAAUAGAGAAUUGCUGAGAUACAAAUAUAUGUAGUUUGUUUUUGUCUCAACGAUCUAACUUUGAGAAUUAUCUCGAAUAUAAAUUCAUUACUUGAUUUCAUAAUAAUUAUUUUUAAUUAUAAAACGUGCAUUCAAUUUCAAACCUGCACAUAUACCAUGGCUAUUGUUCAACACCAUCAGUUAAAUAAUUUAUGGUGAUUAGAUAUUUUCUAGUUUAUAUUAUUUAAUUAGAUACAUCGGAAGUAUAUCGAGACAGUUCCUCCAUGUGCAUGACAGAUUUGCUUAUAUAGAUGUACCUACUGUAAAACCAACACCUAAUACAUAUAUACAUCUGUAUACAUACAACCUAAAGAACUUGUAGGUUGCAACUCUGUAAACUAGACAGACAUGUUCUUGUUCAUAUGCCUAAGAUUGCAAACAGUUGAUAAGAUGUGAUGUUAACUGUAUGAUGUGUUGAUAACUACCUAUUUAUGUUCUGUAACUAAAUCUAGGUACGUAGGCUUUAUAGAGCUUUAUUUGUACAAAGUUUGAUUUAUUUAAAUAAAACAAUAGAUAAUAGUUUAGGAUAUUAGUAUUAACAAUUCCUUUUUAAUGAUUUAUAUUAAGAACAUGUAUGUGCAAUUGUUAUGUUUAUUGCUGUGUCCAAAUAUGGAUAGAAAAGUAAGCAAAAAGACCGUUACAAUAUUGUAUUCACUAAACAUUAAAUAUAAAGUGAUCUCUGGUUUUAUUGUAAAGCACUCACUUUGAAAUAUGUGUCAGUAACUUUCACAACUAUCUCGUGUUUGUCUACAUGUUGAUAAAGACAAAUAAAUGUAUAUAAUUAUA